CGUGGUACCUUCAGGCGUUUGGAAAUUGAUCCCAAGGAUGAACUAGACUUGUGGAGGUCUACAAUUAUUUCUUUAGAUUUUCUCAUGAUGUCAAGCGAAGAGGCCUUGAAAUACAUCUACAGGAAAACCUGCAAUUGACUAAAAUUACGUCAAUUAGUCUACCAGAAGCUUCUAUGACAUUCUUUCCUGGAAUUUUCCAAGCUUUUUAAAGGCACAGUCAACUUAGUGAAUGUAAACUUCUGACCCACUGGAAUUGUGAUACAGUAAAUUACAAGUGAAAUAAUCUGUCUGUUAACAGUUGUUGGAAAAAUGACUUGUCAUGCACAAAGUAGAUGUCCUAACCGACUUGCCAAAACUAUUGUUGAUGGAAGCAACAAUCUGCAACAUUAAAGCUGAACCACCCCUGAUUAUUAUCAGCAGUUGUAAAAAGUUGUCCACUGCAGGAAACCCUCACUGGUACCAUAAUUUAUAGAAAUAUCCAUUUAUGCAUUUACAAUAUACAGUUGUAGUUUGUUUAAUCACGGUCAAUCUGUCUGCUUUCCCAACACCAGAGACCAUGGUGGAGAGAGUUGGAUCAAGCCUGGACCUGAGGACACCAGAGACCAUGGUGGAGAGAGUUGGAUCAAGCCUGGACCUGAGGACACCAGAGACCAUGGUGGAGAGAGUUGGAUCAAGCCUGGACCUGAGGACACCAGAGACCAUGGUGGAGAGAGUUGGAUCAAGCCUGGACCUGAGAAAUGGAUUCCUCAGAGCUGUAAGAAUUGUGAACAUGUUGAGGACUCCACACACUGGCUUCAGAUUGAACCCUUGACUUCCACUGUCCAGGGAGGGACAAUGUUCAGACACAGGACACCCAAAGGGAGUUAUGAGUGCACAGUGUCUGGGCUCCGCUGGCUGUGUGAGAGAGAUGUCAUUCUGAAGUAUCACUUCAGGAACUGGAAUCCAUACAGUCAACUUCUGAAAGACAUGCAGUACACACAAGGUGGUCCAUUGCUGGACAUCACUAUGGAGUUAGGUGAACUGGAGGAAGUUCAUCUGCCACACGUUGUCUGUUUAGGGACCAACCCUUCCCUGAGGAAUGAGAUGAAGAUUCUUCAUGUAGAGGAACAUGGAGUGUCUUUAGAGGAAGUGCAUGAGGUCACCAGAUUCCAUGCUAAGAUUCUCCAUCCCAAGUUCUCACCUAUCUCUGUUAUACUGAGAUUACUGUCUUGGAACAUAGACGUCCACUGUGACGUGGUCCUCUACAUGGCAGUAAAAAGGUCAACAGUCAUUUCAAGGCUGUACCUGCUCCUCAGAAACUCCAGUCAGAAAGAGGCUGUUCAGGAACGGGAGAAAAACCAGGUGUCCAAAGGAUUUUCAGAAUUCGUCCUGUCAAGUCCAAACGGGUCCUUAAAGCUGAACAGUUGGUUUGCGUUCAAGAAUCCCCGCUCCACUUCCAUCAAUCCAGAGAAGAUUCAGCUGUUACCUGCAGACACCACACCAAGCUGUUGCCAGAUGAUAAUGGGAAACACAGGGGUUGACAUUGAGAUGGAGUUAAUCGGGGAGGAUGAGAGGACAGUAUGGAAAUCAGUUUUAUCAAAAGAUGUGUACAGCAACGACUCUCAUCCAACAUCAUUAAUACUCCUUGGGAUUCCUGCUGAGGAGUUUCUGAAGAAACACAGGGCUGUACUCAUUCAGGGAGUCAAAAACACAAUGCCAAUAGCAGAUGAUCUGUCAUCAAAGAGCAUGAUUGGUGAUGAAGAGUACUCCAGAAUAAAAGCUGAAACAACUGAACAGGAGCGAAUGAGAGAACUACUGAACGCAGUCCUCCCUAAAGGACCAGAAGUGACGGGAGCUUGUCUAAAAGCUCUCAUUGAACAUGAACACCAUCUUGUUAAGUACUUGAGUGAAUCUAGCACCUAAUCUGAAGAUGCCAUGGCCUGUCUCCUAGUCUGUGGACGAAGACACUUCUUCACCUAAUCUGAAGAUGCUGAGGCCUGUCUCCUAGUCUGUGGACGAAGACACUUCUUCACCUAAUCUGAAGAUGCUGAGGCCUGUCUCCUAGUCUGUGGACGAAGACACUUCUUCACCUAAUCUAAAGACGCUGAGGCCUGUCUCCUAGUCUGUGGACAAAGACACUUAAAUGAGUUUAAGGGAAAUGUUUGUUUGUGCUAUUCUUUUAACAAAUGUCUGUGUUUUAUUCAUGUGCGGUUCUGUAAACUAAUUUGUGUGUUCAUGCAAGUGGCUGACUGUGCAAAUCCUCACUAUCAGUAGCUGUAAUUUGGUAGUAAGCCCAGAUUAUGUUUUAAGAAUGAGAUAUCUCAGUUUCAAGGUCUCAGUUUAGAGAGAAGAAGACUGGUGAGGUGUUGGUCUGUCAAAUGUUAUGAACCAGUAUUGGUCGGUCACAUGAAUGGAACAAAACGGUAAUGAUUAAUGAAUAAAUGAUAAAUAUAGUAAAUAUAAUUGAUA